AUGCGCAUGGUCUACAUCGACAAGCAGGACAUUCAGUUCCAAGCAGGCUGGGAGACGGGGCGCCAUUCGGAACCGGCGUUUAUGGACAUGAAUUUGCAUGCUGUCCGCGAUGAGAAAAGCAAUCCUCGAGUGGUGCUCUAUCAGUACGAUGCAACGAACCCAAUGAAUCCCCACGGCCUUCUCAUUGCCUAUGCCGAGGAGUGGACGGCUCCACACAGCAGCAAAGUGGUUCGAACCGUGAAACCGGUUGUCUCCGACUUUGACACCUUCACUGUGGGCAGCAAGGGAAUGCGCUAUGAGCGGCUGCCACGUGAUCAGAUGGAACUGGAGCUCUGGAGUUUAGAUCGCACCAGGGAGAUCCUAAAUGAGCCGAACUCCGACUCCUGGACGUCCCGGUGGCUCAAAGUCCUCAGCGAAGCCGCCAAGCAAGGUAGACGACCUGAAAUUCCGCCGUAUGGCUUUGGUGAUCCUACAUCAUAUGGUCUUAUCGAGCAGGUUAUCAAAGCCACCCAACUAUCUGGCGCGGUUCGCCACGGCGCAGAAUGCUUCAACUUCUUGUUCCCACAGGAGUUGGACUCAGAGUAUCUCAUCGUUUGGCACGGCUUCAGCGGCAAGCCUUGGGAGUACCAUGACCAGCAGGGCUUGCUGAAAUUCCUGCGGGAGCGUAUUGCCGAAGGGUACUGCUUUCCUCUCAAUCCUGUUUGGGCUGUGCGUGAUCCUGGUUGGUACGAGGUUUACUCCGAACUUGUGGCCAGCCAG